UAGCAACCAGCAUGGCGACGGGGAAGCUUUGCUUGGCCCCUCAUCUGCUUAUAAGAUAGUAUUAGGAUGUUGCCAUUACGUUGGUUGAUUAUACUACACCGUUAAAAUGUUUACAGUUAAGUACACUGUCGUUUCUGCAUGUAUCCAAGCUCUGCAGUCGCUGUCCCGGAAUAUUUCCGGGGAAAAUGGGAUACGUUGAGUGUAACAUCAUGGAAUCGAGAAUAGGGAGUGUGUCAUCUGGACUGGGAUGCAGUGCUGGUAUGAGAGGACAGACCUCGAAAAGUAGCCCUUUCUGCCCUCGCUCCUCCAGCAAGUUGACACAAUCCAUCAUUAAAGAUCACAUGGUGUCUCAUUACAAAAAGGUUUACUCAGCUAAAGCUGCCAUUGAUGCCUCAGUACCCAAAAGCAUGAUACAUAGUGUAAAGUACAAUGACCAGAUCAGGAAGGAUCGCUUGAAGAAAGGGGGUCGUCCUCAGUCGGCUCAUUCUCUCUCACAGAGGAAUAGCAGAGCCUCAUGCUCCUCAGCCCAGAGUAGAUCAUCUGUGCAGUAUGAUGACAGCCCAUACCUCUGCUCGAGGAGUUCCAUGGUCUCCAGCCCAAGGUUCAGCACCUCCUUUCAUGCUAAGGAGAUAGUUUAUCAGUCGUGUAAACCAGACCACUCUCAUCACACUCGCCCAGCAUCAGAGAUAAAGUACCGAAGCCCAGAGUCAGCUUUGCACAGAAAGCAGUCGGCGUGUUCAAUGGGAGCUUUUGGAGAUCAGAGUUGCUACAAGACUUUCCAGGAUCCUGUCCAGAAGACAUACAGCGGAGACUUGCUCCAUAAACAUUCACAGCACUUUACCCAAGACAAACCUUUCACCCCUAAGACCCUGAAAUCAGAUAAGAGUUCAUACCUGGCAAAAUAUCGCUAUUACAGAGCACCACGAAGGAAACCUACUCAGGACUGCACCAACGCAAAAUUGACGCAACAGGACACAUAUGACAGAAGCACAAAAACCAAGGAAUACUCACAGGAAUUUGAUGAGCCAUCUCAGGGAUUUAUUACAGAGCAUGAGUGGUCUGAGGAUGAGUUCAAUGGCACAUAUUUCUCAACAUCUAGACAACAGAGUCGAGUAAACAAGAGCGGAGACCAUUAUCUCUUUGACUCCUCAUCCAGGGUCUCACCAGAAGGCAGGAAAACUCCCACUAUGAAGAAUGUAUCUGCAGAGGAAGAAGAAUUAAUGUACCUUGAAUUUAUUUCUGCUGUAACAGAGGAUAUCUUGUCCCGGGGGCACAUCUCUGGCAGGGUCCUAGACCGGGUGAUAAAGCGCCAUAUUGACAUGAAUCGACAUCAGCUUGAUGAGGGUAAAAUGCGCCACCUUCUGGAUGUGCUGCGUAAAGAUUUUGAAGAGCCAACCAACAUAUCCACCUCCGGUACAGAGCUUGAAAAAAAGGAGAAUGAUCCUCUUGAUUCACUCCUACCACAUCUGAAAUCAGGGGGGAAACAAGUGAAGACCAAAGAAGACAAUGAUCUGUUCCCCUAUGCCUCACUCUUAAAAUACUGCAAUUCACCAGAUUACACUGAUGCCUUUUCAGUGUCUAAAUCCGUAUGUUCUCCUGAAAGGACUGCAUCACCAACAAAAACAAAUGAAAGAGACAAGGAGAGUGACAAUCAGGAAAAGUGCAUUGGCUCUCCUUCGCUCAGUGAGCAUGUUACCAAUAAUACAGGGAUCAGUGAAGAUGACUUCCAACACAGUCAAAUAGGCACAACUGCAACAAAUGAAGAAGUCAGCAAUGAAAACCAUGAAUACACCACUGUAACCAGUGAUGAAGGAUUUCAUCAAGACCAAGCUGAGGUCAAUUAUGAUGGGCAAUCCAAAGACCUUGAGGAUUUGGGAAAAAGUUUGUCAGAGUCACUUCAUGUAUCAAGCAGUACACAUUGUCACAACGUGGAAACUGCCAAUGAGCAGCAUGCAAAUACAGCUGCCUCUGUGAGUGAUGAUGAGUUCUGAGUUUUGCUGUAUUCAGGGGUUUAAAUCCUGUAAUGUUUUUGUUACCAGGUGAGUGUUGUAACAGAGAGAAAGUUAUAUAUUUGAAUUUUCUGAAAGUAUAGUUUUGUAAAUGAAUUAACACUGGUUGUGUUUCCAUGUUUUUUUUUUUACAAGCCCCGCCAAUGAGGUGUUGUAGUCUUAUGCUCAAAAAUUUUUCAAAAUGAAUGCCCCAUGGUAACUAGUGUGACUUGCAAAUUUGCAACGGAUUAUCCAUAGUACUGCACUGAUGUCAGACGUGUGGAAUUAGUGCUUUCCUCUAGCUUGAGUGGAUUGCAGAGUGUGCCCAGUCAGUCUUAAGAAUGAUGUAGCUGCAGUUUACAUUUCCAGAUUACUAGAAAAACAAUGCUGUUACAAGUAAAUUUAUAAUUGUGUGUUUAACAUAUGCCUCUGACAUGUAGCUGUUAGGAGUUGACUGUCACCAGAAAGUGUCUUUACACAUUACAAUAAAUGUUCUACUUCUCUGA